AUGUUCAGUCGCCAGUUCGCACGCGCCGCUACUGUCACUCCGCGCACCGGCGUGCGAGCUCUGAGCUCAACUGCUGUCCUUGGCGGUCGCACCCCUUCCAUUGGAGAUGUCAACCCUACACACGCAGAGGUCGACAAGUUUAGCAAGAAGCAGAAAGAAUUUCGUGAGCACUUGGUAGAAGCACAGAAGAAGCGAGAAGCCAGUUCGUUGCCCUCCCAUCCGCAGCCUGCUAACGUUCCGUUCGCCAAGUCGGACGAAAGCUCACAGAAUGACCAUGCAGGACAAACCGAAGAGGCUAAAGAACCCGAGCCAUCCCGUAAGGCGGGCCCUUUGACGAAUCUCAUUUACGGCACCAAGGAGGGUCGCGAGCUCGAUGCCCAGCUUGAAGCAAGCUUCAGCCAGGUCCUUGCCCGUGGCAAGUACGUCCACUCAAUUGUUCAACACGAAGUCAAGCACGACAAGGUUGACGAAUAUGUCGCGCUCGUCGGCAAGUGGUAUCCCAAGAUGGCGAAUGCCCCAGAGAACAAGGUGAAUCUGGUCGGAAGCUGGAGGACAGAGGUCGGCGAUUGCGAUACCUUUGUCCAUAUUUGGGAGUACCAAAAGUACGAGGGUUACCACCAGUCUCGAUACAACAUGACACACCACCCUGAGUUUUCCGAGUUCGACAGCAAGCUCAAGGGCUUAAUUACCAGCAAGAAGAUCUCCCUCAUGCAAGAGUUCUCCUUCUGGCCAACAACCCCUCCACGAUCGCUGGGUGGCAUCUUUGAACUACGCUCAUACACAUUGCACCCUGGCAACUUGCUUGAGUGGGAGACACACUGGCGACGAGGACUCAAGGCUCGGCGUGAGGUUAUGGAAGGUGUUGGUGCUUGGUUCGUUCAGAUUGGCGACCUCAACACUGUCCACCACCUAUGGCAGUUUGCCAAUUUGGAGGAGCGCCGCAACCGUCGCGAGCAGAGCUGGCAGGUUGAGGGAUGGAGCGACACUGUCCACAAGACAGUGCCUCUCAUCCAGAGCAUGAAGUCCAAGAUUCUUGUUCCCAUGCCUUGGUCUCCUGUCCGAUAA